CAUUCUUUCUAUUUUCCUAGUUCUUCAUCGUAGUCCUGGUGGUCUUCAUCGCGGAGGUUGCAGGAGCCAUCGUGAUUUUGGUGUUCAAACCCCUGGCCAACGACUUACUCACCAAGGUUGGCACGGCGGCCGUUCAGAACAUCAGGAAGGACUACGGGCAAAAUCCCGACAUCACGGGACUGUGGAACUCCACCAUGAGCUCGUUAAAAUGUUGUGGAUUCUACAACUCCUCAGACUUCGUGGGCUCUCCGUAUUACGUGACCAGCGGCAACAGAUAUCCUCCGCAGUGCUGUCCCGGCAUGAACGGCACAUGUACUGACACAGUGGCUGCAAAUAACACGGCGAUCACCGGGUGCUUCCCAAAGAUCAAGCAGCUGAUCGAUGACAACAUGGUGGCCAUCGUGGCCGUGGCCCUGGGAAUAGCAGUCCUGGAGAUAUGCGCCAUGGUUGUCUCCAUGAUCCUUUUCUGCAGAAUCAAAUCCAGGGGGGACUAACUGCAGACGGCGACGGCCCCAUGGGGACCCCUUUAAUCACUAGAGCCUUUCCACUUCCUGUUGUGCCUCUAGAGGAGUGAAGGGCUCAGCCUGUAUCUCGCAAAAAAUGCCUCAUCAAUAAAGACAGUUAAUGUCAGAGCUUGUGCAAUCAGAAUUACUGAACGACAUAACACGUCUAUUUAUGCCAGAUUUUAGUCCAUCUCCAUGGAUCCCGUGUAUGAAUGUACACGAUCUAUUUGUAAAACACACUUUACACACUGCCUUCUACACCAGAGAUCCUUCUAACACACAGCCAGCUAACAAGGAGUCGCACCAUAACUUGGUUUAUCGUGACAAUGAAACAACGGCUGGCAUUUUAGAUGCAGAAAUGUACACUAUUGAGAAUGUUGUUGCCAUGAUGCAGCUGGGAAAAUAGCCACGGAAAUUAUGCUUUCUUUGUAUGUAUGUUGUUUUGUGAUAAAUUUAUAAAUAAAGGGCAAAGUAUU